UUCAUCUGUUUUAGCCAGUGCCCACUAGAGCUAGGUGUUCAUGAACAUCUGGCUCUGUGUUAAGUUUAUUCAUUAGAAGUAGCAUCACACAACUUUCACAAAGAGACAAGAAAGUCUCGUUUUUCAUAGCUCCCUUUAUCCUGUGUGUCCUCUGCAGCAGCACGUCGAAUUCACGUCCUUUCCCCUAGAGGUGAUGCUCUUUCACGUCCAAACGCGGAAGAGCUGAAAAGUGAAGCAGUGGAUUCAGAAGAGAGCAUUGCAACCGUCUGGAUGCCUUUCCCCUCGGCCGCUGAGGCUGCGCUCCCUGCCCGCCCGGGGAAAGGCAACGGGGCGUGUGGGGCCGGCUCGAAGCCCCAGCCUGGUCCCGCAUUGGUUCCCGAAGUUCCCGCGUCAUUUUCUCCCCACACCCCGCUUGGCACUGGCAAUCACAAGUCUCAAUGGAGGGGCGGGAGAGAGCUGUGGAGCGCUGAGAGGGUUCCUCCAGCCCCCCGGAUCACCACCAGGGAUGUCCGGGACUCAGCCCGAGGAUGCUUCGCCUCCGUGCAGGAACUGGACGUCCUCUCCAGAGCUGAAUGAAACGCGGGAGCCCUUUUUAGCCCCAUCCGCCGAUUACGACGAUGAGGAGUUCCUGCGCUACCUCUGGAAGGAGUAUUUGCAUCCUAAGGAAUACGAAUGGGCGCUAAUAGCCGGAUACAUCGUCGUGUUCAUCGUGGCUCUCGUCGGGAACGUGCUAGUUUGUAUUGCAGUGUGGAAGAAUCAUCACAUGCGAACAGUCACCAACUAUUUCAUAGUGAAUCUAUCUCUGGCUGACAUUCUGGUCACAAUUACUUGUCUUCCAGCAACUUUAGUGGUGGACAUCACAGAAACUUGGUUCUUUGGGCAGCAUCUCUGCAAAGCAAUUCCCUACUUACAGACAGUUUCAGUCUCUGUGUCUGUGCUAACACUUAGCUGCAUUGCUUUGGAUCGAUGGUAUGCAAUUUGUCACCCUUUGAUGUUUAAAAGCACAGCCAAGCGUGCAAGGAACAGCAUUAUAAUUAUCUGGAUUGUGUCCUGCAUCAUAAUGAUUCCUCAGGCUAUUGUUAUGGAGUGCAGCAGCGUGUUCCCAGGAUUAGCCAAUAAAACCACCUUGUUCACAGUAUGUGAUGAACACUGGGGAGCUGAGGUUUACCCCAAAAUGUAUCACACGUGCUUUUUCCUGGUGACAUACAUGGCACCACUUUGUCUUAUGGUGUUGGCCUAUUUGCAAAUAUUUCGAAAGCUGUGGUGUCGCCAGAUCCCCGGAACUUCUUCUGUUGUUCAGAAAAAAUGGAAGUCUCUGCAGUCAUCAUCACAGCAACGAGGGCUGGGACAGUCAACAAAGUCAAAGAUCAGUGCUGUGGCAGCUGAAAUAAAACAGAUUCGUGCAAGAAGGAAAACAGCACGUAUGCUAAUGGUUGUCCUUCUGGUUUUUGCACUUUGCUAUCUGCCAAUUAGCAUCCUCAAUAUCUUGAAAAGGGUUUUUGGGAUGUUUAAUCAUGCUGAUGACAGAGAAACCGUAUAUGCCUGGUUCACAUUCUCACACUGGCUUGUAUAUGCAAACAGUGCGGCCAAUCCUAUUAUUUAUAACUUCCUCAGUGGGAAGUUUAGAGAAGAAUUUAAAGCAGCGUUUUCAUGUUGCAUCUUUGGUAUUCACAGUCAUCAUGAUGAACGGCUUACAAGAGGUCGUGCCAGUACAGAGAGUCGGAAAUCUUUGACCACCCAGAUCAGCAAUUUUGACAAUGCUUCAAAGCAUUCAGAACAUGUUGUACUAACCAACAUAAACACACUUACUACAAAUGGUAUUACAGGUGCACUGAGCCCUUUGAAGUCAAUGGAACUGCAUCUCCACAUACCAGGGGUGAAUAUGUCUUCAAAUUUAGAUGAAGCAGUGAGAAUUUCCGCAGGAUGCACUGACAAUGCAGAGAAUGCAGAAUGGGAUAAAUUUGUCCCUAAUGUAACUAAACUUACCUCAAUGGAAUUACAACAAGGAUGACUUUGGCUCAAUACAGCUGAGAAUGGCAUUUGUUUUUAGCUGUGUUACAGACUAGAACAGAUGGACAAAAGGAUUCCUGCAAAACGACUGCCUCUUCUACUUCUUCUCAGUCUUAUGGAAACCUACUUACCUCAGUAUGAGCUAAAAAACACAUCUUUACAAGUCUUUUUAAAGAGUGGAUUGUAUCAUACUUUGUAAAUACUGUAGAUAUUUAUUUUUAUAUAUUUUAGAUUCUGUGGAAUGUUCUAAAACAUUGUACCAUAUAAAGAACUCUACAUAUUUGAAAGAAGUCUCAAACAUUUAUUUAUAUCUUGUUUCUAUUAAUGAAUGACUUAUUUACAAAGAAUACUUACUUAUGCACUAGUGGUAUCCUGGAAUUACUUUGCACUUCUUUUUCUGCUUCUUCACUUGUGGUAAAUUCUGUAUUAAGGAAUUUUCACUUCAGAUUGAUUUUAGGAGAUUCCAGACUACUUUUCUAAGCACAGACAUGCUUCUGAGACAUUAAUUCAAAGUGCUGAAAGUCAUGCUACUUUAAAAAAUAAUUACAUUAAAUAGCUGGUCUCUUUUUCUUCAGAUGAGUACCUCAAAAGGUAACUACUCAAAUAAAACUUGCAUGAUGUUCAAAGGUGCUAUUCCUACUCAGGCCGCUAGGAAUAACAAGUAUCAGCACUUCUGAAGAACUGGAUGUUUUAACUUUGGUAACUCAUUUUAGUCCACAAUGUCUGCAUGUGCAGCUCCAGAAGAUCUCUGAAGACCCUUAAGAUGGAAAACACUGGUUAUUUUGCUUGCUCUCACAGUUUCUCUCUCAACUGCCAUUUAAUACCAAUGAUACAAACACUUAAUAAUUUUAUGUGCCAAGAAAAUGUCGAUUUUUGAACAACUGAAAUAAAGUAUUUCUUUCUGGAAAA